AUGUUCUCUCUGGUUCUAGCCUUUUUCCUGGUGGCUGUCGCCACAGCCCAGCCUGGCCCGAAAAUGGUCGACGAGACGACUCGAUGGAGUCAAUGCAAGGAUGUGAACCAGUCUAUUUAUGACUUUCAAAUGGAAACGUUACAAGGGCAAUUCACUGAUUUAUCACAAUAUAAAGGACAGGUUCUUCUGAUUAUCAAUGUUGCAACGUUCUGUGCUUACACUCAGCAAUACACUGACUUCAACCCGUUGAUCGAGAAGAACGUAAAAGACGGGUUCACCAUUUUGGCGUUCCCGUGCAACCAGAACCUGCUGAAACUCAUGAACUCUAUGAACGGUAUUAUGUAUGUACGACCGGGUAACGGAUGGAAGCCGCCAUCAGAAUCUUCAUGUGUACGGAAAAAUCGACGUGAACGGAGAGAAUCAUCAUCCUCUUUACGAGUUCCUGAAGGGUCGCCCACGAUUCCGUUUCCAUCCAACUGCAUGGAGUCACGGCAAGUGUUUCAGGAGAGCUGCCCUCAGACCGUGGAGAAAAUCGGAAAGACCGAUGAGCUCAUGUACAAUCCCGUGAGAGCGAACGACAUCACGUGGAACUUCGAGAAAUUCCUCAUCGAUAGACAGGGUCGCCCACGAUUCCGUUUCCAUCCAACUGCAUGGAGUCACGGUGACGUCGUUCAACCUUUCAUUGAACAACUUUUGAACGAGGAUUUCUAG